AUGGCCCUUCGUGCCGAGAAGAGUCUCUCCAGAUCAGAACACCUCAAUAAACACCCGCAGAGACCCACAGGGAAGAAAUCUCACUGCUGCUCUGACUCUGGGAAGAGAUUCACAUCAUCAGGCAUUAAAAUUCAUCAGAGAACACACACAGGAGAGAAACCUUAUAGCUGUGAUCAAUGUUGGAGGAGUUUUACAACAUUAAUCUCUCUGAAAGUACACCAGAGAACACACACAAGAAAGAAACGUUAUAGCUGUGAUCAAUGUGGGAAGAGAUUUUGUACAACUGGCCACCUGACUCAACACCAGAGAACACACACAGGAGAGAAACCUUAUAGCUGUGAUCAAUGUGGGAGGAGAUUUGCUACAUAUGGCAACCUGACUCGACACCAGAAAACACACACAGGAGAGAAACCUUAUAUCUGUGGUCAAUGUGGGAGGAGAUUUAGUCGAUCUGGAGAUCUGACAGUGCACAAGAGAACACACACAGGAGAGAAACCUUAUAGCUGUGGUCAAUGUGGGAAGAGAUUUGCUUCAUCUGGCUCUCUGACUCUACACCAGAGAACACACACAGGAGAGAAACCUUAUAGCUGUGAUCAAUGUGGGAGGAAUUUUACUACAUCUAGCAUUCUGACAGUACACCAGAGAACACACACAGGAGAAACACCUUAUAGCUGUGAUCAAUGUGGGAGGAGUUUUACUACAUCUAGCGGUCUGACAUUACACCAGAGAACACACACAGGAGAGAAACCUUAUAUCUGUGAUCAAUGUGGGAGGAGUUUUACUACAUCUAGCGGUCUGACAUUACACCAGAGAAAACACACAGGAGAGAAACCUUAUAUCUGUGAUCAAUGUGGGAGGAAUUUUGUUAAAUCUAGCCAUCUGACUCAACACCAGAGAACACACACAGGAGAGAAACCUUAUAUCUGUGAUCAAUGUGGGAGGAGUUUUGUUCAAGCUAGCCAUCUGACUCAACACCAGAGAACACACACAGGAGAGAAGCCUUAUAGCUGUGAUCAAUGUGAGAAGAGUUUUCCUACAUCUAGCCAGCUGACUUCACACCAGAGAACACACACAGGAGAGAAGCCUUAUAGCUGUGAUCAAUGUGAGAAGAGUUUUCCUACAUCUAGCCAGCUGACUUCACACCAGAGAACACACACAGGAGAGAAGCCUUAUAGCUGUGAUCAAUGUGGGAGGAGUUUUACUACAUCUAGCCAGCUAACUUCACACCAGAGAACACACACAGGAGAGAAACCUUUUAGCUGUGAUCAAUGUGACAAGAGAUAUUCUGAUAAAAGAUCUCUGAUCAAACAUCAGAAAAUACAUACAGGAGAGAAAUCUUAUAGCUGUGGUCAAUGUGGGAAGAGAUUUGCUACAUCUGUUAACCUGACUCAACACCAGAGAACACACACAGGAGAGAAACCUUAUAGCUGUGGUCAAUGUUGGAGGAGUUUUACAACAUCUGGCAACCUGACUCAACACCAGAGAACACACACAGGAGAGAAACCUUAUAGCUGUGAUCAAUGUGGGAGGAGAUUUGCUACAUCUGGCAACCUGACUCAACACCAGAGAACACACACAGGAGAGAAAUCUUAUAGCUGUGGUCAAUGUUGGAGGAGUUUUACAACAUUAAUCUCUCUGAAAGUACACCAGAGAACACACACAAGAAAGAAAAGUUAUAGCUGUGAUCAAUGUGGGAAGAGAUUUUCUACAACUGGCCACCUGACUCAACACCAGAGAACACACACAGGAGAGAAACCUUAUAGCUGUGAUCAAUGUGGGAAGAGAUUUGCUACAUCUGGCAACCUGACUAAACACCAGAGAAAACACACAGGAGAGAAACCUUAUAGCUGUGAUCAAUGUGGGAGGAGAUUUGCUACAUCUGGCAACCUGACUCGACACCAGAGAACACACACAGGAGAGAAACCUUAUAGCUGUGGUCAAUGUGGGAGGAGAUUUAGUCGAUCUGGAGAUCUGACUCUACACCAGAGAACACACACAGGAGAGAAACCUUAUAGCUGUGGCCAAUGUGGGAGGAGAUUUAGUCGAUCUGGAGAUCUGACAGUGCACAAGAGAACACACACAGGAGAGAAACCUUAUAGCUGUGAUCAAUGUGGGAAGAGAUUUGCUACAUCUGGCAACCUGACUAAACACCAGAGAAAACACACAGGAGAGAAACCUUAUAGCUGUGGUCAAUGUGGGAAGAGAUUUGCUUCAUCUGGCUCUCUGACUCUACACCAGAGAACACACACAGGAGAGAAAUCUUAUAGCUGUGGUCAAUGUGGGAGGAGUUUUAGUCGAUCUGGAGAUCUGACAGUGCACAAGAGAACACACAGGAUUGAAAUCUCAUAGCUGUGACGAGAGAAUCUGAUAAAAGAUCUCUGAUCAAAUAUUAGAAAAUACAUACAUGAAGGAGUUGUUUCAUGAUUUCAAUUAAUUAAUGUCACAAUGUAGAAUUUUUUAACAUUGUAGUAGGCAUAUUGUAGAAGCCUAAACGUGUGCCCACUUAUGAAUUGAUAUCAACAUGUUAUGGAUAUUAGCCUAAAGGGGAAAAAUCCAGGCUCUGAAAUGGAAGAGUACUAUUUAUGUAAUUUUACAAAAAUUGACAAAA